ACGCCUAGCUUGAAACAGAACAGUCGCAAAGUAAAUAUUUUGUGUCCUUGUGCAUGUGCAUAAAAAAGUGAAUUUUGUGUUGAUUUUCUCGUUUUUACAUAAAAAAGGAUAAUGGUGAGACACAGGGAACACCAGGAGAAUGUGCGCCUUGUACGGUUGGUUAAGCAAAAUCCCUGCCUGUAUGAUUUUGGCAUGUCUGAAUACUCAGAUCGGGAGCAUAUAGAGAAAGUUUGGAAGAAAAUCGCGCAAGAAAUGGGAGACAAUCCACAAAAUGUCCGAGAUAAGUGGAGGAAUUUGCGAACAGUAUUCCUGCGAAAAUUGAAAGCAGAACAAAAUGGGCAAACACUUAAAUGUCGAUACUAUCUUAUGGAUGAAAUGAAAUUCAUCAUGCCGUUCGUGAAGAUGACCGUACCAUAUCAGAUUGCAUCCAAACAAACCACCACCGAUGAGGAAGUCACAUUGGACACAUCGAAGAAUACAGACGAAGAUGAGGAGACAACAACAAAUACAAAGCGACGCAUCCGGAGUAGACGUCUGAAACCUGUGGAAACAGUGGAAGAACCGCGGGAAUGUGAAGAGUACGAAGUUGUUCUGGAGGAACCCUUCCCACAAACAUCCACAGCAAGUGAUUCCGAGAAGAAGAAACUGAUUCGUAGCCUCAUUCAUGAGAUUGAUACGGAAAAUGAGACGUAUUCCAUCAACUACGGUGAGGUGAAGACACAAAAAAGGAAAUAUUCAUCUUCAGACACGGAAAACCCACGGAAGAUGUUCUUGCUGAGUCUCCUUCCGGAAAUGGAACAAAUGACUGACAAACAAAUGAGCUUCUUUCGACGCAAAGUUCUUGCCCUGCUGGAUGACAUACUCUACGGCGAUGACUAAAUUGUAACGAAUCUUGCUCUCCGUAUUAAUAAAAGAAAAUUCUCUCCUA